GCUACUUAUAUAUCAGUGACGUUCACCCGGAGCAAGCUCGUCGGAGAAGUCCCCGGUACUGAUCGAAGCCAUGACCGAACUGGCUAAUUCAUUCUUCGUACUGAUCUCCAUCGUCUUUGUGUCCACCGCUUUAUUUGUUUCCCUCUGCCGGAAAAAGUCCGGGUCACGGUUGCUCCCUCCGGGACCCUCCAGAUGGCCGAUAUUUGGCAACAUAUUCAGUCUCGGGACGAUGCCGCAUCGAACGCUAGCCGGCCUCCGCGAGAAACAUGGGGCGAUGAUUUGGCUUAGGCUAGGCUCCAUAGAUACCAUGGUGAUUCUCUCAAGCAGAGUUGCGGCCGAGUUCUUCAAGAACCAAGACCUCAAUUUCGCGGACCGAACCGUCAUCGAUGUCCUGCGCUGUCGGGACUACCACGAAGGAUCUGUCGCCGUAGCCCCAUACGGCACGUAUUGGCGGGUGAUGAGGCGAUUGCUGACCACGGACAUGCUAGUCACCAAGCGGCUCAAUGAAAUGGCUCCGAUCCGGAGAAAAUGCGUCAAAAACAUGCUGGCUUGGAUUGGGGAGGCAGCAUCCUCGGACAAGGCCCGAGUCGGAGAAGGUAUUCAUCUCGCCCGUUUCGUGUUCCUUAUGAAUUUCAAUUUGCUAGCAAAUCUCAUGCUGUCCCGAGACUUGUUCGAUCCGGACUCGAAGACCGCAUCAGAGUUCUUCACGGCGAUGAACGGAUUAAUGGAGCUGUCGGGCCAACCUAACGUCGUGGACCUGUUCCCAUGGCUGCGGCGGUUGGACCCGCAAGGGCUGAGGAGGAAGAUGGAUCGGGAAAUGGGGAAGGCCAUGAGCAUCGCUUCGGAAUUAGUGAGGGAGAGGAUCGAGGAGAAGAAGCAGAACGGGGGGGACGAUGAUCGGAGGGAUUUUCUGGAUGUGCUGCUUGAGUUCGAAGGAAACGGUAAGGACGAGCCCGCCAAGCUUUCCGAGAAGCAAAUCAACACAUUCAUCCUGGAAAUAUUCAUGGCCGGCACGGAAACAACGAGCAGCACCAUCGAGUGGGCGCUGACAGAGCUCCUACUGAACCCGGACUCCAAGGUCAAGGUCGAAGCCGAGCUGUCCCUGGUUGUCGGGUCGAACCAAAAGGUCCUGGAAACCGAUAUAGACCAGCUCCCCUACCUGCAAGCAGUUGUGAAGGAAACCCUGAGGCUCCACCCGCCGGUCCCCUUCCUCGUGCCACGGAGGGCCACUCGCGACACCAUCUUCGAGGGCUACAACAUACCCAAAAACACGCAGGUCUUUGUGAACGCUUGGGCGAUCGGUAGGGACCCGGACGUCUGGGAAGACCCUAUGGCUUUCAAGCCCGAGAGGUUCAUUGGGUCGAAGUUGGAUUAUAAGGGUCGACACUACGAGUUCAUUCCGUUUGGAGCCGGUCGAAGGAUGUGUGCCGGCUUGUCCUUGGCACAUCGGGUGCUUCAUCUGGCUCUGGGCUCACUGCUUCAUGAGUUCGAUUGGGAGUUCGAUGGCCGCAUCGAUCCGAAGACGAUCGACAUGAGAGAUAGGGUGGGGUUGGCCACGAGGAAGUAUGUGCCCUUGCUGGUGGUGCCCAAAAGAAGAGCAGCAUGAGACUGGGUUUCAGCUCGGAAUUUCUGCGUGUUUGCCCGAGUAAUGUUUGUCUGAACAUUUCUUUGCUUCCUGAAUUGCUACUGCACGCGGGGACACUCGUCGUUUAUAAGUCGAAUAACAACAGGGCUAUGUCAUUUUCAAAAUUGUAUCGUGCAUCAUUGAAAAAAAUUUA